AUGACCAAACAACAAGACGAUGAAUUCCCACCAAUCUGGACCGAGUUAAAGCUUCCUAGCUUGCUGUUCCGAGACUCGGUUCAAAAAAUUCAUGCCCGAAUUGAGGCUGAAUGGGAUCCCUUACAGCGUACUGCUUGUCAAACUGCUGCUGGUCGAGCUUUGUGGAAGCAUGUCACUAAUGACAUGCUUGCAGAAUUACUUGCAGGACGGAAUCAGCUCACGAGUUUUUAUGAAAAGAUACGGAGAGACUGUCUGAAUCGAGCUCACGAGGUUUCUGGUGUCAUCCUUGCUGUUCGAACCCUAUGGUUCGACUCCAAACUUGAUGCUGCAGUGAGUUUCUUUAACAACAACGAGAUGUUACAAGUUGUUCUUCUUGGCGCAGGUAUGGAUACUAGAGCAUACCGGUUAAAGUGCUUGACAAAUAGCCACGUCUUUGAGGUCGAUUUUCCUCAAGUUCUACAAAUGAAGGCAUCUCUUCUACAGGAAGCAAUAAUACCCAGAGAAGAUCAGCAAGAUAUGGAGAUGAAAGCUAAGAAACUAACCAGUGUGGAAGCUGACAUUAAAGGUCAAGAUUGGCACGAAAAGCUUCUAAAUUCGGGAUUUCAGCCACAGAAGAAUACAGUUUGGAUUCUCGAAGGGCUUCUCUAUUAUCUUUCCAAUUGUGAUGCAAUCAACGUGCUAAAGACGAUAGCGUCCCAUUGUACUCUUAGUACGACUGUGGUACUUGCAGAUUUCAUGAACAAACAAUCAACAAUGCUUUCAAACUCGACUUUUCAGUUCUACUGUGAUUAUCCGGAUGAACUCCUACCUUCUCUAGGAUUUUCAAAUGUUGAACUAUCACAGAUUGGAGAUCCAGAUGCCCAUUUUGGGCUCCUGGAUGAUCCGAUGAAUAUGUUCAAUAAACUCCGGAACAUACCAAGAUCAGUUGAAGUAAAUCCGGAGGAUGGAACACCAUGUUGUCGCCUGUAUCUAGUACAAGCUUCUGGAUCUCCCAGUAAAACAUCUAAUUGAUCUCCUUAUUGUCAAUUAAUAUAUGAAACAGUAUGAUAAGUCUCUAUA